AUGUUACGCCCUGCGCAAUGGCAAUGCUUGCUUGUCCUGCCAGCUUUGCUGCACGCGGCCAAGAUUUACAAAUGCAAGUGGCCCCGUUCAGUUUUAAGCAGCGGUGAUCCCAAUUUGACAGUGUCUCUGGCAGACGGCUCUGAAGUCCGGUGCGACAGGACAGGCGAUGCAAGUUUCCUGUGUCCUGCUGCUUGCGACUACAUCCAGAGUGAGCCCUGGCAGUGCGUAGGUCCCAUUGAAGACGGAGAUGUUUGCAACACGGUGUGGGGAAGCAGCAGCCUGAGCUACUACAAGAUGACGAGCUUCAACGACACUCAUGCCUGCACUCAGCGCUUCAACAGCGACUGCUCAGCAGACAUGGGCGGUGUUUUCUGUCAGGAGCUGAGAACAUGCUACGGCUCUUACCAAGAGGUGAUCUUUGACCAGCCAACUUUCUUGGCGAAGUAUGGAUAUGAACCUAGCUUUCUAAUGCAGCCAUUCGAGAUCUUGGAACCGCCCUCUUGCUAUGGACUCGCAGGGGCAGACUGUUGCAUGGCCAACAUUAAUUUCUUCCGGUGCUUGCACGAUGCCCCUCCCGUGAUCUACCACGAGGGCAUUGCUCAAAGUGCCCAGGCCUGGGCUCAGAAACCAGACAAACCCUCGAUCCAUUCUGGUUGGGGAAGCAGCUUCUACCCUCCCUACACGGAGGUUCUAACAUGGGGCACCUCUUCAUGCACAAGAGGUGUGAAUGCUUGGUACCAGGAGAUAGGCGUUCACAACUUCAGCAUUCCUGCCGUGCAGUCAGCCGGCGGUUCCUACAACAGCGGGCACAUGGUGAUUCUGCUUUGGCACAAUCACACAAUGGUCGGCUGUGGCUUUGAUGAUACACUUUCUGCUCCUAUCACCGUGUGCGAUUUCUCCUGGCCUCACCAGGGACACAAGGGCCCAGACGCUUGGGAGGCUAACUUGAAGCCGCGAAGUGAGACGGCAACACAGCAGAUGUGCCGCGACCUUGCCUUACAGUCUACUCAUUUUCCUGUGCUGGCGCCAGGUCAAGACCUCACAUCGGAGCAAGCUGCCCUGCUACGGUCCUGGAACGGGAGCGCCAUUGUCCCAGCAAAUACCUCAGGGAUGCCUUCCAACGACACUAGCAACACCAGCGAAGAGCAGCCCACAACAACAACUACUGGCUCUACUACUACCACCACCCAGACAACCACUACCACGGAAGCAAUCAGUAACGCCACUACUACCACUGCUGAAGCAACUACUGCGAGUGCUGCCAACGCUAGCAGCUCAAGCAAUGACACCACUACGAGCAUCGGUACCACGACAACCACAAAUUCAACUCCAUCAAGUAUUGGGCAGGCUUCAGGCAAAGCUCCUGCUCUCAUGCUGACCGUACUGCUGUCUGCAAUGGCUUUUUGA